CCUUGCAUUCCAUUUCUAUUAUGAGCUAGAGCCCAAGAACACGAACACGAACACGAACACGAACACGAAGAUCAAGUUCAUCAAUGAUGGGAAGGCAUCCAUGUUGUGACAAAGUGGGCGUGAAAAAAGGGCCAUGGACGCCUGAGGAAGAUAUCAUCUUGGUUUCUUACAUUCAAGAACAUGGGCCUAGCAAUUGGCGAUGGGUUCCAACAAAUACUGGUUUGCUAAGAUGCAGUAAGAGCUGUAGGCUAAGAUGGACCAAUUACCUCCGACCCGGAAUCAAGCGAGGAAACUUCACUGAUCACGAAGAGAAAAUGAUUGUUCAUCUCCAAGCUCUUUUGGGUAACAGAUGGGCAGCCAUAGCGUCGUACCUUCCGCAAAGAACAGACAACGACAUAAAAAAUUAUUGGAACACGCACUUGAAAAAGAAGCUGAAAAAGAUGCACUCAGGGUCAGAUGGUGCCCAAACUAGAAUCUCAAAAGGGCAGUGGGAAAGAAGGCUUCAAACAGACAUACACACAGCCAAAAGAGCCCUUUGUGAAGCACUUUCCUUACACAAACCAAGCUCAUAUGAAACCAUGGAAGCAUCAAAACCCCAACAAUCAACUGCAACUUAUGCAUCAAGUGCUGAAAAUAUAGCCAAAUUGCUUGAGAAUUGGAUGAAGAAAUCACCAAAAUCUUCCACACAAAGUGAAGGAUCACAAAGUGGAAUGAAUUACAACAACUCACCGGAGGUGAAUUUGGAUGAUUCCUUGUUUAAUUUCAAUGACAAUAGCAAUUCUCCUUCAACCUCUACAACAAAUCAAGUUCCUCCUCUAAGUUUCCUGGAGAAGUGGCUGUUUGAUGAUGGAGCUUUGGCUCAUGUUCAUGCUGAUCAUAUAAUUAGUGUGUCAUUAGAAGCUGAAACAUGAUGAACAAACACUUUUUACAAUAAAUAUCCUUGUGGGAGGUAAGAACAAAAGUGUAAAUUAACAUGAAAUUACAUGCUCUAUACUAUAUCUAUGCAUCUAUAUAUAUAUAUAUGGAAAUAAAAAUCAUAUGUUAUAAUUUC